UGUACGAGUACAAUCGUUCACGGCCAUCGCUUGAGCCGAGCGCGCGGCGGCAUGGCCACCUUCGCGUCCGUUCGCGUUCUCCUUGUCCUCGCCGCCGUCGUGCUCCCCAGCUCGUUGGCAUGGAACUGCCCGCCGCCGGCGCCCGGCGGCCACGGCCGCCCGUGGUACCCGCCUCCCGGCAGGGGCUCCCCAGAUAGGCCGUCCCCCGGGGCCGGCCACAGCCCGCCCCACCACGGCAAGCCGCCCAAGCACCACCACAAUCCCCCGUCCAAGUGCCCGCCAUGCAAUCCGCCGUACGCGCCACCGUACGUUCCCCCGACGCCACGGCCACCGCCGUACGUGCCACCAACUCCUCCCUACGUCCCGCCAUACGUGCCUCCGACUCCGCCUUACGUGCCACCGACGCCGCCCUACGUGCCACCGACGCCGCCCUACGUGCCGCCGACUCCUCCGUACGUACCACCGACACCGCCCCCGACGCCGCCGACGGGGAGGACGUGCCCGAUCGACGCGCUGAAGCUGAACGCGUGCGUGGACGUGCUGGGCGGACUGAUCCACCUGGUGAUCGGGCGGGAGGCGAAAUCCAAGUGCUGCCCGCUGGUGCAGGGGAUCGCGGACCUGGACGCGGCGCUCUGCCUCUGCACCACCAUCCGCGCGCGCCUGCUCGGCAUCAACAUCUACCUCCCCGUCGCGCUCGAGCUGCUCAUCACCUGCGGCAAGCACCCUCCGCCAGGCUUCCAGUGUCCGCCGCUCUACGCCUCUACGACUGAGAUCGAUCACCAGCUACGAGCUUAGCUAUGCGCCAUGCGUGGCGCUUUGUACUGGCAUGGUCGCGUUCAAGCUAGCAGCGUCUCUAGAUUUGAGUCUUGAUUUCCUUUGGUGCUCUUGCGUAAUAAUGUACUUUGAUUUCAGAUCGAAAACUUUUCGAUCUUCUAAGUGUAGCUUAAUGAUCAGUCGAUGUGUGCAACUGCUGGCCCUUUUGGUCUUUGAGGUGACAAGUAUUUGGUUCAUUUCCAAUGGCAUGCCUUACAAGA